CCCUAUGUGACCCCACUCCCAAGUCCCCAAAACCAAACACACCCCUUUUGGCUCCCACCGUACGGUGACUUCUUUUAUGCGCCGAUAACAAACAUCUCCGACUACGACUUCUCCGAUCUCUGUCUCCGGACGUCUCUGCUGCAAGCUACACUGACAUCAUCAUCGUCUUUCACUUAUCACCUGCACCAAUCACCGGCAUACCCUACUCCUAAUUUGGGGCUUCGGAUUUUCAAGGCUUAGGGUUUUAAGUUUUGUGUCUCAUCUUCCUGGAAGGUCAAAUGAGUAGCUCUAGGGAGACCUCACCAGAUUGGCUUCGUUGUUUCCAGGCACCAACUCAAUCAGCUCUAUCAUUGUCGUUGGCCUCCCAGUCUCCUCCAGAGGACAACACUGUAAGCGAGGAUGAGGAUAGUUUGAGUAUCAAAAAAUUAAUCCAGAAAGAAACAUCUCAUUCUUCUGAGAAAAACAACUCCCAAGACACUGGGGAGUCUCCAGUUAAUAAUACUCUAAAAGCAAAGUCCCGCAGCAAGAGUAAAAAUAAGAAAGCAGAUCUCACACCUUCAAAAAAGAGGAAAAGAGACAAAGAAGGGAAUGGGGUUGAUGGGGAAGUUGCAAAGAAAGAGACGUCUGUGAAGACUACAAAACCUCAUGAAACAAAGCAUCCAGUUUGGACAUUGUCAUCAGAUUCUGAAUCUUCUCCUGAUACCAUCUCUGUAAGGGAGCACAACUCACAUCAUGAGGAAUUAUCUGCACAUGAGAUUGGUGGACAGUCUUCACUUAAGGAGGCCUCUAAAGUGAAAUCUCCUAAAAAACAGCUCAAAACAGAGGAUCAUAUACCCAAAAAAAGGCAGAAAUUAAGCAGCCAUAUGAACAAAGAAGGUAAUGAUGGUGAAAUGGAGCUUGUGGAAGAUGAAAUAACCGAGAAGCAUAUUGGACCUUCUGUUUCCUCUUCAAGGCUACCUUUGGUGCUGUCUGAGAAAGUGCAGCGCUCAAAGGCACUUGUGGAGUGUGAAGGUGAAUCCGUAGAUUUGAGUGGCGAUGUGGGUGCUGUUGGACGGAUAAUUAUUUCAGAUAACCAAUCAGGGAACCAGGAAAUGCUCUUAGAUUUGAAAGGAACCAUAUACAAAACUACCAUUGUUCCUUCGAGGACAUUCUGUGUUGUACGUCAUUAAUCUCCAAAUUUUGACCCUAGACAUUAGUAGCCUGAAACUAUGUGACUGGCAUAAGAAGCGUGCUAGAAAACUCUAGAUUCACUCUUCUCUCUCUGUGUAUUAUGUACAACACACUCAUAAUUUCUAUGUCCUGAAUGACUUGAUCUCUAUGAUAUAACAUGUUUUGGUUCAUUGUUCAGGUUAGCUUUGGUCAGUCAGAAGCAAAGGUUUGUUGGCUAAAUACUUGUUUUCUCUUCCAUUUUUAGCUUUGAUGCAUCUUUUGUUCCCCUUCCCACUCUCCCUCUCCCUCUUCCACAUUCAUACUUCUUCUCAUAUGAUUGCUUCUCCAAUUCAUGAUUUUCUGAUCCUCUUGUUGCUGCUUUUAUUAUCUUAAUGUGGUUUAGAAAUGAACAAAAAAAAUGUGGGAGAAGAACCAAGAACCACGAACCAUGACUUUAUUUGAUUUACUUACUCAGCAUCGUACAUUUUUCUGAUUAGGUAGAGGCUAUCAUGAAUGACUUUAUUCAGCUGAAACCACAGUCUAAUGUCUAUGAGGCUGAAACCAUGGUGGAAGGAACACUGGAUGGAUUCUCAUUUGAUUCAGAAGAUGAGGCUGACAAGAUGCCUAAAGUCGUUACUCAUCAAACUGACCAGAAUGAGGAAGCUGAGAAGCAAUCCAAUGGAAAACCUAGAAAAAAAGCCGAGAAAACCUCGGGGGCAGCACGGAAAAAGGGGAAAACUGCUGGAGGGAAGUCGCAGAAGAAAGUAAAAAGGAAACCUCAAGUUUCAAGGAAAGGGAAGACAAAGAAAUGAGAGAUGAACGUAUAUUAUGCUUUUUUUUUUAAAAAAAAAAAAAUUCCUCAAUUUUGUUUUAUUUUGCUAUUUUUAUGUAUUCUAACCGAACCAGCAAAUCUCAAAACGGCUGACAGCAGUUUUCAUAGGUAGGGACGAACUAGAGAAACCACUGGAUUACUGUCUAGUGAAAAUUGUUGUAAUAGAGGUGCGUUUUGUG